GCAGGUGGCCCGUUCCAGUUGAAGAACUGAGUGGGUCUUCUAGAGAGCUAGCAUCUGGUUCUCCGCAAUGUCCUCCCAGCAGAGCAUGGCUUCAGCCAAGGGCUUUUCCAAGGGGUCUUCCCAGGGCUCCGGGCCGUGCCCCGCCCCGGCGCCCGCCCCGGCGCCCUCCUCCUCUUCCGGCUGCUGCGGCUCCAGUUCCGGCUGCUGCGGCUCCAGUUCCGGCUGCUGCGGCUCCAGCUCCACCGGCUGCUGCUGCUUCCCCCGGCGGCGGCGCCGGCAGCGCAGUGGGUGCUGCUCCUGCUGCGGGGGCGGCAGCCAGAGGUCGCAGAGCACCAGCAACACCGGCUGCUGCGGCGGCUGCUGAGCGCCCCGCCGGCCUGCCCCUCCCGCCAGCCCGCCCACCUCGUGUCCCCACCCUGCAUUCCCAGGCUCCCAGGCCGGUGCGCCUCGGCGUACGCCCCCUCUCGCUGUAAAACCGCGUGCGCUCGGAUGUUAGAACCCACCCUGUCCGCAGUCCCAGGGAACUCCCUGACCUCCUGUGAGAUCCCUCGUGGGGAACCCAAGAACCGUGGUGGGGCUUUGGGUCCUACUGUGCAGGGUUUGCACACAGUAGGUGCUCCAAAAAUGCCUACUGCUUUGACUGUUCUGUGAAGAUGGCAUAAUAAAGCUUCUACCU